UUGUAACGGCGAAACGCAUUUCUUUCUCGAUUGUUCGGCCUGCGAUCCAUCCACCCGUCGCUGUCAGCAUUUGAUUUCUUCCUCUCGAUUCCAAAUUUCUGUUUCUUCUUUUCUAAUUCUCUUUCUUCUUCCUCACGCAUUAUGAUUGCAGAAUCGGAUACCCGGUCAACACUGAUUCACUUCAGCAGUCAACUUUUCUAUUUCUUCCCCACCUCUUCAGUUUCCUUCACUUCUAUGUUCUGAAGCUCGAUUGGAGUUCCUCUAGAAAUGAUCCUCCCUGUUGUAAAGUUGGGGGCUCUUGCUCUUAAAACCAUCUGCAAACCCAUCGCCAAUCGCCUCAAGAAGGAAGCUGGAUUGCAUCCGAAGUUUAGGCAGUGUAUUAUCAACUUCGCACAGGCAAAUCAUCGGUUUUCGACAAAUGUACAACGUAGAAUAUAUGGUUAUGCAACAGAUGUUGCCAUUCGUCCUCUGAAUGAAGAGAAAGCUGUCCAAGCUGCGGCAGAUCUUCUCGGGGAGCUCUUUGUAUUCACGGUUGCUGGAACUGCUAUUAUUUUUGAGGUGCAAAGAAGUUCGAGGUCGGAAGCAAGAAAGGAGGAGCUCCGCAGGCAAGAAUUGGAGGCGAUGAAGCAAAGGGAUGAUGAUAUAGCCCGAGAAAUAGAAAUUCUUAAACAAAAGAUCGAAAAUCUAGAAGAGUUGUCCAAGGGAAGAGGUCUAACUGGCUUAUUUCACUUCAGGCAUCCGCAUACUACGGAAGGUGAAAACGUGAAACACUCUUGAUCAUCAUUAAGACAAAGUAAGCCAUGGAUUUUGUAACUGAGCAUUUUAUCAUUGGUUGAUUGAAAUCCAACAUUUCUGACGGAGGGUUGUUAAUAAAGACUUUAAUCAUGUAAGAAAUUGCAGCCUUGUAAAUACAUUGUCCAACUCUAGAAUGUUCAAAUGAAAUUUGAAGUUCAGAAUGAAAAAUGACCAACCGAUAUUCCAAAUACCUGCAUCUCUCGAUGAUUGGCAUGUAUAUGUUCAGAAAUGUGGAUCUUUUUACAUCUUUAUUAGAGGGCAAUGUUUGUUUUGUAUAAAAACUAUAUCAGGAUGAAGAGAACUGUUUGAAAAUGGGCUGUUGGGACCUUUCUCUAGUAAAAUAAAUGCUACUGUCCUUUAGUUGUAAACCC